AUGGGCAAGAAUAUGCCAGGGAUGUGGGCAGUCGACAGCGGUGCGACGCAUCACAUCUGCAACGACAAAGCCAAGUUUGCAAGUCUGAAUGAGCGAGAGGAAGGCGAACUAUCAGUGGCUGAUGGCAGCAAGGCUGCGAUCAAGGGUGUGGGAACCAUCAUGGAACGGGUGGUUCUGCCCAAUGGUGACGAACGCGACAUCGAGAUCAAGGACGCACUGUUCGUACCAAGUAUGAGCAAGAACCUGCUUUCGGUGCCACAGAUCAACAAGGGUGGCAGGUUCCAAGUCGUGUUCGAUGGGUCCAAGAUGCAAGUGAAGCGCAAGAAUUCCACACAAGUCGUGGCAACAGCGGAUCUCGUCGAUGGACUUUACUGGCUGCGGACUCCUCAACGAUCGGCAAAUGCAGCAACACGCAAUGGGACUAUCGACUUGCAUGCGCGCAUGGGUCAUGCACCCCUCGAAGUUCUGCGCAAGAUGGUGGCCACUGGCAUUAUCAAGGACGCCAAGGCACCUCUCAACUCGACUGGUCCAAGUGUGUGUCGCGGUUGCCAGCAAGGAAAGAUGGUCCAAAAACCAUUCCCAACCAACCGUGACAAACGCCAAUAUGCCAGCGGUUGCAUGAAGGGCUUCUGUCUGCGGUCCAAGUCUGAGAGUGAAGACUGUAUCAAGAACCACAUUAUCAAGAUUCAAACUCAGUUCGACACAAAGAUCAAGUUUGUUCGGCACGAUGGAGCGCAUGAGUUUGCGACCGACUCGAUCAAGACCUUCUACAAAGAUCAUGGUAUUGAACAACAGGUCACGGUGCCGUAUGCACACCAGACCAACGGCACCGCAGAACGCGCGAUAAGGACCAUCGUCACGAUCGGACGCAGCUUGUUGCAUCAUGCAAAGCUGGAGAAGUGUUUCUGGGCUGAAGCGGCAAUGAAGGCGAUCUACAUCAAGAACCGCCUGCCUUCACCCAAGAUUGACCACAAGACUCCGUUCGAGAUCGUUUACAAGUCGAAACCAAGUGUCAAGCACAUGCGCGUGUUUGGAUGUCGGGCGUUUAUCCUGACACCAAGGGAGAAGCGAUUGAAGUGGGACCCGAAGGCUCGUGAAGGGAUGUUCAUGGGCUACGAAGAAGCGUCAAAAGCUUAUCGAGUGUACUACAUUGAGGCGGGCCAAGUGGUGAUCAGUCGUGAUAUCACCUUCGACGAAUCGACUUUUGACUUUUCGAUGGACCGACCAAGUGACGAUGAUAAAGAUGCAGAGUUGGACCUCGAACUCCUGGCGAUCAACGAGGACGACGUGCGUCAAACCGUCUACAAGCAUGUUGACGGUCAUCGGUUUUCUACCAGUAUUGGUAACCGUGACCGAUCCAAUCCGAACCGCCUGUUCAGCUUAGUAUUUACGACGUAG